GUUUAUCUUUCACCACAGUUUCCGUUUUCACGCUGUUCUCAGGGCUGGGUCCCUGACAGCUGAUAUUAUUUUUAGAAAAUUGCAUUUAUAUUAAACAAAUAAACGUAGAUGCGUUAAAGCACGCAUUUUAAGGAUUUGUCUCAAUUUAUCGGAUAAGUAAGGACUAACCAUGACUGCCAUCAAGCAUGCACUUCAGAGGGAUAUUUUUACCCCCAAUGAUGAGCGUCUGUUGAGUAUUGUCAAUGUCUGUAAAGCAGGAAAAAAGAAAAAGAACUGUUUCCUGUGUGCCACAGUUACGACGGAGCGUCCGGUGCAGGUCAAAGUGGUGAAAGUGAAGAAGUCAGAUAAAGGAGAUUUUUAUAAGAGACAGAUGGCAUGGGAGCUACGGGAUCUGACCAAAGUUGAUGCCAAAGAUGCCAAUAAGGAGAACCCAGAGUUUGAUCUGCAUUUUGAGAAAGUUUAUCGCUGGGUUGCGAGCAGCACAGCUGAGAAGAACUCAUUCAUCUCCUGUAUCUGGAAGCUUAACCAGCGCUACCUUCGAAAAAAACUGGAGUUUGAAAACGUCAGUCCACAGCUGCUGGAAGAACUUCCUAAAGCUGAAGAGUCGGUCCCAAGUGGAGAAAGUCAGAGUGUUGCCGGGGGAGACGAGGAUGCUCUGGAUGAUUACCAGGAGCUAAAUACUCGCGAAGAGCAGGACAUUGAGGGCAUGAUGGAGGUGUGCGAAUAUGCCAUCUCCAAUGCCGAGGCCUUCGCUGAGAAGCUGUCUCGUGAGCUACAGGUGUUAGAUGGGGCUAACAUCCAGUCCAUUAUGGCCUCGGAGAAGCAGGUCAACAUCCUGAUGCAGCUGUUGGAUCAGGCUCUGUCAGAGGUGGACAAUAUCGAAGGCAAGCUGCUUAGCUACGAGGAGAUGUUGCAGAGCGUGAAGGAGCAGAUGGACCAGAUCUCACAAAGCAAUCGCCUUAUCCAAAUCAGCAACACUAAUAAUGGGAAACUCCUGGAUGAGAUCCAGUUCCUAGUGAACUACAUGGAUCUGUCAAAAGGGCACAUCAAGGCGCUGGAAGAAGGAGAUUUGUCUUCUCCUAAGGGUAUCGAGGCCUGCAUCAACGCUUCCGAGGCUCUGUCACAGUGCAUGAAUGUAGCACUAAAACCAGGUCACGAUAAGUUGACGGCAGUCGUAGAGCAGCAGCGUCUGUUUUGUAGGCUCAGAGAUAAUUUUGCCCGGCGUCUAACCAACCACCUGAACAAUGUGUUUGUGCACCAGUUCAACCACUUCAGUCACUUCAAAAUGACCAUCCCUCAAUUCUAUAGGUCGUCCUGUCUGUCACUCCCUGGUCAUGAUCAAAGCUCCACGUUGGCCCAACACACAGCUGAGCUGACUCUGCCCAAACACAGCCCCCUGCACAGGGAGCUUCUCCGAUACGCCAAACUGAUGGAAUGGCUAAAAAACACGCAGACUGAUAAAUAUGACGGGCUUACCGCGACCUAUAUGGAUUACAUGACCCGAUUGUAUGACCGGGAAAUUAAGGACUUCUUUGAAGUGGCAAAGAUCAAAAUGGCGGGCACUAGUAAGGAUGGGAAAGGAAAGUUUGCCACGCUUCCUCGGAAAGAGAGUGCUCUCAAACAGGAGACAGAGAGCCUGCAUGGGAGCUCAGGGAAGCUAACAGGCUCCACAUCCAGUCUCAAUAAACUGGCUGUGAGCACCUCAAACAGCAGACGCUCACAGUCCUCUUCUUUGCUCGAUAUGGGCAACAUGUCUGCCUCUGACCUGGAUGUUGCAGACAGGACCAGGUUUGAUAAGAUUUUUGAGCAGGUCUUGAGUGAACUGGAACCGCUGUGUCUGGCUGAACAGGACUUCAUCAGCAAGUUCUUUAAGCUUCAGCAAUAUCCCACACCAGCACAGGGAGAAAAUGUGGAUGACACAGAUGGAACCGUGCAGUCCAGGCCAACCAGUGAAUACAAAAUUUCGAUGUCAGAUAAAGACAUGAUCCGACUGAUGAUGACUAAGAUUUUUCAAAGCAUAGAGCCGGAGCUGAACAGUCUUAUAGCUUUAGGUGAUAAGAUCGACAGCUUUAACUCUCUCUAUAUGCUGGUAAAGAUGAGUUACCACGUCUGGACGGCCGAAAACGUUGAUUCUGCCUCUUAUCUCAGCACGACUCUUGGCAAUGUGCUGGUCACCGUUAAGAGAAACUUCGAUAAGUGCAUUUCUGGUCAGAUUCGUCAAAUGGAGGAGGUAAAGAUUUCCAAGAAGAGUAAAGUGGGCAUCUUACAGUUUGUCACUUGCUUUGAAGAGUUUGCAAAGCUGGCUGAAGCUAUUUUCCGAAAUGCGGAGCGACGUGGUGACCUGGACAAGGCCUACAGCAAACUCAUCAGAGCUGUCUUCCAUAACGUUGAGAAAGUGGCCAUGGAGAGUCAGAAGACCCCACGUGAUGUGGUGAUGAUGGAGAACUUCCACCAUAUUUUUUCAACGCUAUCUAGCCUCAAGAUCUCCUGCCUGGACACGGAGAGAAAAGAGGCCAAACAAAAAUAUACAGAACACCUGCAGUCCUACGUCAUCAACUCAUUGGGCCAACCGCUGGAGAAACUCAACCACUUCUUUGAGGGAGUGGAGGCUCGUGUAGCUCAGGGCGUUCGGGAGGAGGAGGUCAGCUACCAGCUUGCCUUUAAUAAACAGGAACUUCGAAAAGUCAUUAAAGAAUACCCUGGCAAAGAGGUGAAAAAGGGUCUGGACAACCUCUACAGAAAAGUAGAUAAGCACCUUUGUGAAGAAGAAAAUCUGUUACAGGUGGUGUGGCACUCCAUGCAGGACGAGUUCAUUCGCCAAUACAAGCACUUUGAGGGCCUGAUAAACCGCUGCUACCCCGGGUCUGGAAUUACAAUGGAGUUCACCAUUCAAGACAUGCUGGAGUACUUCUCCAGUAUUGCUCAGUCCCAUUAAAGUUAAAGAGAGUGAGUGAGAUAAAGGUGAGAGUGUGUGUAAAAUGAAAUUGAUGGGUGUGUGAGAGAGAGAAUGAAUGCAACACAGCAUAUAUUUGUAUAUAUAUUCCAGUGCUUUUUGCAAGUAAUCUCUGUGCCAUUUAGUUGAGUAAUAACACUUGAUUUGUUUUGUAACAUUGUAAUAUGCUCACUUGAGAUUAAUGAGUCAUCUUGAAAAAAAAGUCUUUAUUUCACAUUAUGAUCAUGAAUGGUAAUUAAAUGACUGAACACUACAAAUGUACAUUACUUUUCUGCCUGGUUGAUCUUUUAUGCAAGUGUAUGCUGAUUAGUAUCAACAC